CUCGACUGUUCAUCGAAUGUCGAAUGUCGACUGUCUGGAGGAAGAAAGCUGGAAUCAGAGUAGUGGAUGGAACUAGCGGCUGUUCGAGAAGCUCAUUUCUGCGUCACGGGCUUUUAUUUGACUACCGGUAGUAUGUCUCUUUCCUUUCCUCCUCUCUCUUGCCCUCCCAAAAGCCUCCCUGUUCUCUACUUCUCUUAUUCACAUUUCCAUCGUACAGCCCCGAUAUCUACGUUGACCACGGAGAUGGUCCUUUCUUCAUGUCUUCUGGUCAUCACUCUCCAUUCGUCGGCCAUGCAUGUACUCAGAUUUCCAGUAUGAAGUUGCUUGUGUUCCCAAUUCGUUCUUCGUCGUGAUGGAAUCAUCUUGAUGCCGUCUUCUCGGUUCGGCCUUCUGAUUCAAUCUAAAUCCGCAACUUGACCACCUUACUUUUCUUCAUCUUUUGUCUCGUGCCGUGGGAGGAUACCAACAAUUUCUUUGUAUGAUACAAUAAUUCGGUGUGGAUUUCGGCAACUACGGUAGGUGGGGGGGGGUAAGUUGGCCUGGGUGUCUUGCCAAGCAACGGAUCCUGAGUUCGAACUCAUCCUGACGCAUCCGCAUACCACCACAAGUAAGUGUCAGUUAAGCGCGCUUUGCAUUUCAACCAGGUGGGGUAACGGUACUACACAGUGAGCUCAAGUAAGACGUCCGCUUGUGUGAUUAAAUAACAUGUUGCGAAGAUUAGGACAGCAGUUUGCAUCCUGUGCAUCCUUCGAAAGGACAACAGGCGUUUUCACUGUUUUGUCAUCGGUUAGGAAAUUACCAUGGGCGCUAACAGGGCGGGAUAGUGCCAUGGCGACGGGGGCAUUUGCACACACCCGUCAGAAGCUGACGAGUAUGAUCACGGCUGUGUCUGAUUUCUUGGGUGAGGCAGUCGUAACUGUACGGUACGACAAACCGAUUGCACCUGACCUGAAAGAUGACCAGGUUUGUCAGACCGAUAGAAAUUGCUUUGUGUCUUCAUGUUCGUCACAUGAAAGAUCCCCCGACGUUGCUGGUACCAACUUUCAGAGAGGAAGAGUGAGUCCUCCGGCUGCUUCAUCGUCGCUGUGUUCAUCGUCGUCAUCAUCAUUGUUGUCUUCCCGGUCUUUGUCAUCUUCAUCGCUUUCAUUGUCAUCAGCAUCAUCAUCUACUUCACCAUCUUCAUGCUCAGCAUUGUCUGCUACCCGCUUGCGGCCUGCCCAGGACACGCAGGGUUGUAUGUCAUUGCCCACGGCAUCACUGUCGCAUUGCAGAACUAUGCACGAAAAGCGGCGGACAACAUCGUUACCCCGUGAGGUGAACGAGGCUAAGCCUUCAUUUCUGCAGUCGUAUAGUCAUCGUCCUUUCGGGGAGAUAUCGUGGAGCUCUGGGACUCCUUGUUCUUUGAGUGUGCGCAGAGCUGGCAAAGCCAUGCUUGUUCCUUGUCCUAGGAUAGGACUUGUAGGACUCUCAGGCUUGCAGUGUGGGCGAGUGGUUGCCUUGUAUCGGAACAGACAUGCGGUUCAAGUCCGAGGUUUCAAAAUUGCAGGAUCAGAGGUGAGGUUGGGCAACGUGAUCGAGCGCAAUGGUCGGCUGGUCCUUGUGGUGAAAACCAGUCACACUCAACAUGGUCGUGGGGGUGCAUCGAUUCAGCUAGAGACGCGGGACCUGCAAAACGGCGGGAAGAGAAAUGAGCGGUUGCGGACUUCUGAGGAGGUGGAGCGUGUGCGUCUGUACGAACGACACUACACGUUUCUUUACACGGAAGGCGACGACGUCGUACUGAUGGAGCCAUCCACGUUCGAGCAGCUUACCGUUCCGAAGUCGAUGUUUGGAGGGAAGGAGGUGUAUCUUACGGAUGGGAUGACGGUCGUCAUUACUGUGCAUGGGGAGAAGGAGGAACUGCUGCCGCUGAUGGCGGCAGUUCCCUCACAAGUCGUGUUGAAGGUGAUGGAUGCAGAGCCGUACUCUAAGAACCAGACGGCAACCCCAACGUCUAAGCCGGCGAUCCUGGAGAACGGCCUGAAGGUUCAGGUGCCAUCAUUUGUCGUCGCAGGCGAUAGCGUUGUCAUUAAUACGACAGACAACUCUUUCAUUCGUCGGGCAAGGGAUGGCGCGUAGCAUUACUAUCCAUUUGUUUGUGUAGUUGACGUUCUUGGACAGACGGGGAAACUCGCCCGUUUCUCG